AUUCACACAUUUUCUUUUUCUUUUUCUCAAUUCUGAUUUUAUGUUUUCUUUUUUCUGCAUGGCGGUUUGGCUUUCACAUAUGACAUGAUCAAGGAAACGGAAAAUUUCGGUAAAAUAAAAAAAAAUUUUGAAGGGAGGAAAAAAGAGAGAAAUAUUGGCUCCUGUUCUCACCACAUAUACACACAAACACACACUCUGUCUCUCUGGAUUUGGUUCAGAAUACCGAGGAAACAAGGAGGAUCUCAUCAAGCCGUUUGCUGCAAAUAGAAAAGUAAUCAAGGACAUUCUCUAUAUGAGUUGAGUAAACCUGAUUAAGUCAAUUGUUCCUCAGUGAGGAAAAGUCAUAUGAUGGCCACGGCUGCUGUUAUAGGACUCAGUGCCGGAAAAAGACUGUUGAGUUCAUCAUUUUGUCACUCAGAUGUCACUGAAAAGUUUCUAUAUGGAAACGAUCAGAGUGCAGUGCAGUACCAAAUUCCCCACACGAAAACCGUGAUAAUUUCCAAAAAGCCAUCGUCGAACUAUAGCCCGAGCCUUCCGUCCUCAACUCACCGCACACAGUCUGCCAAGGCUGUGAAAGAGACUUUGGGUGUGGCUUCUUCCGCUCCUUCCUCUGGUCAACUUUGGUUACAAGGAUACAAUGAUGAGCUGGAAGAGGAAAGUUAUGAUCUUGAUGUUGAGGCUCUUCUAUUGCUACAGAAGUCUAUGUUAGAGAAACAGUGGAAUCUUUCGUUUGAAAAGACGAUAUCAAGUGAUUUGUCCACUAAGAAGACCAGGAAGAAGAUCUCGGUUACUUGUUCUGGAAUAUCAGCACGUCAAAGGAGAAUCAAUGCUAAGAAGAAGAAUGCCAUGUCUCAGAACAAAGCAGUUUCACAUGUCAGUGCUACAAAGCAGCAAAGAAUAAUAACCAAUUCGGAAUUGCUUCGUCAAAAUCGUGUGAAGGGUUACGUGAAAGGUGUUAUAAGUGAUGCGGUCCUUAGCCAUGCGGAAGUCGUGUGCCUUUCGAAGAAAAUCAAAUCUGGGCUUCUUCUAGAUGAGCACAAGUCAAGGUUGAAGGAAAGAUUGGGUUGUGAGCCUUCUGAUGACCAACUUGCAAUGUCGUUGAAGAUCUCUCGGGCUGAACUACAGACACGGUUGAUGGAGUGUCAUCUGGCUCGGGAGAAAUUGGCUAUGAGCAAUGUCCGGUUGGUCAUGUCUAUAGCUCAAAGAUACGAUAACAUGGGUGCUGAAAUGUCUGAUCUUGUUCAGGGUGGUCUUAUCGGACUUUUGCGGGGAAUAGAGAAAUUUGACUCUUCCAAGGGGUUCAGAAUUUCAACUUAUGUGUAUUGGUGGAUACGACAGGGUGUUUCGAGAGCGUUAGUGGAAAAUUCAAGAACCUUGAGGUUGCCUACUCACCUGCAUGAGAGAUUAGGCUUAAUCCGGAACGCAAAGCUUAGACUGGAAGAGAAAGGAAUCACACCUUCUAUCGAAAGAAUAGCAAAAUCUCUGAACAUGUCGCAGAAGAAAGUAAAGAAUGCGACCGAGGCAGUGAGUAAAGUAUUUUCUCUCGACAGAGAUGCAUUUCCUUCUUUGAAUGGUCUCCCCGGAGAAACUCAUCACAGUUACAUUGCGGAUAAUCGCUUGGAGAACAAUCCAUGGCAUGGAUAUGACGAGUGGGCGUUGAAGAACGAAGUAAACAAGCUUCUGAACGCAAUACUCGGGGAUCGGGAGAGAGAGAUCGUCCGGCUAUACUAUGGUCUAGACAGAGAAAGUCUCACAUGGGAAGACAUAAGUAAACGCAUUGGGUUAUCGAGAGAGAGGGUGAGACAAGUAGGGCUAGUGGCUUUGGAGAAGCUGAAGCAUGCAGCGAGGAAGAGAAAAAUGGAGGCUAUGCUUGUGAAGCAGUGAUUUUUUGGUUCUUGUAAAAUUUUUCAAUCAGAGACAGAAGAAGCUCAUAUGAAUAUGUAUAUACAAGGAAAAAAAAGGGUGAAAGACCUUUUUUGUAUUUGUUUCUUUACAGAAUCAGCCACUUAGACAAUGUGGACACUCUUCUGUAAACUGAGUUGGAGAAACAAAUACACACACUGGUGUCAUAUGCCUUUUCGUCUCUUCA